AUGUUGGUUGAUCACGUCGAGAUGGAUGAAGAGCAAGAGGAAAUCGCUCGCCGUAAUGCGCAGAUGGCACGGUACCAGGCCCAGAGGGGCAGGGUCUGCAACCAUUAUUACUGCGGACGUCAAGUGUGCAUCUUUUGGGAAAACGGAAUGCCAGCAACAAACGCUCCACGCCCAACAGGCCCAAGCAGGGUGAUCGAGCCCCAACGCAUGACUGGACCCAACGCUAUCCCAACCAGCUACAGGAUUCAUCCCGACACGGACUCAGACAAUUCAGCGGACUCCUACCGCACCCCAUCCCUCUCUGACAACGACUCGGACAGUGAAAACCAAAUGGCUCUCUCUGAACCAUCCAAGAAAGGCGGUCGCGCUCGUGGAAUUGCCCGUAAGCUAGCUGCAGUGAAGUUCUCAUGCUUCAGUCGCUCAUGCAGCUCCGAUGAUGGUGAGGAGGAGGAGCACGGACCAACACGCUCUCCUAGGACUGCCCCGAGAUCGGCCGACCCUCCUCAGCCUGUUCCGGCACCUGUUUAUCCUCCCAUGUCUAUCCCGAGACCAGCUCAAGGCUCGAUGCCUGUCAUGGGGCCGGUUUAUCCUCCUAUGUCUGUCCCUAGACCAGCUGAACGCUCUAUACCUGCCAUCGGGCCGGUUUAUCCUCCUGUGUCUGUCCCGAGACCAGCUGAGCGCUCUAUGCCUGCUCCGAGACCAGUUGAACCUCCCGUAUUUCGCCGUCAACGCUCAACCGAAUUCUUCCCUGGUGGCUCAGAUUGGGGGUAUGCUCCUAACCCAGAUUAUAACCAAUCUUCCCAGAGUGCGGGCACGGAUUGGAGAUAUGCUCCCCAUCCUGAUUAUUCCCAAUCUCGCCCGGCUACCAGGAGCUCAGGGUUCGGUGAACCUAUUGCGGCCACUCCGCCCCCUCGCCCUCCUGCCCCCCAGCUUCCCAGAGCGACACCGAUGUCUAGCCCUCAGCGCUUUGCUGGAGCUCCUACUCCUCCGUUACGGAGACCAGAGACCGCCUACACGGCGCAGCAGCUUCGUGAGGGAAUCAUCCACAGUAUGACUGUCAUUAAUGUCAACGAGCUCCCGAACAACAACCCAAACAUCUCGUCCUUCCACGUCACUACACAUCAAAUUGGUGAUGUGGCCAGAAGGUAG